AUGGAGAAAGGCGAUGAAGAAGAAAUUAAGGCUAUUGAGAAGAAUAACACCUGGAGAUUGUUAAACACUUACGAAAGGACAAAGAGGAAUUGGAGUAAAGUGGGUGUACAAAGCCAAGAAAACGUUAAAGGGAGGUUGAAAGAUACAAGGCAAAUUGGUAUAGUAAAAGGAUACAACCAAAGAGAGGGCAUCGACUAUGAUAAGAAAUGUGAUGUUUAUAGCUUUGGGGUGAUUAUAUUAGAAGUUUUUAUGGAAAAACAUCCAUCAGAAAUCAUCACGUUGCUCUCGCAAAUUCUUCUUUCACCUCCAGCAUCGAGUAUUGUGGGGCAAAACAUAAGGUUGAAAGACAUCUUGGACCAAUCCAUUGGAGCACCAACAUAUAUUGCGCAGAAAGAAAUAAUGUAUAUGGUGAAAGCUGCAUUUUCAUGCUUACGGGAUGACCCGUGUACUCGACCAACUAUGCAAGAGGUCGCAGUAGAGCUAUCUUUGUUAGCUCAGAACAUGGCAGAUUUAGCAAAGCCUUUAGAAAUUAUUACUUUAGCCGACAUUCUGUUGUUAUAA